CCUAACUGAUGUUUUCCAUCUAGGAAUAGAAGUGGAGGCGACCAAAGGUUCGGUUGAUAAUUUUGAUACAAAAUGAGCUCUUUACCGCCUGGAUGGGUAGAAAAGGUCUCCAACUCAACAGGAAAGACAUAUUACUUAAAUCAACACACGAAAGCUAGCCAGUGGGAGAGGCCGACAGAGCCUGCUGGCGAUCAAGUUCGCGCCUCUCAUUUAUUAGUGAAGCACAGUGAAUCGAGGCGCCCUUCUUCGUGGAAAACCGACAAGAUCACUAGAAGCAAAGACGAGGCGCUUGCCAUCCUUAAAGGCUAUCAGGAACAGAUCAAAUCAGGAGAGGCAACACUCGAGGACCUUGCCAAGACUGAGAGUGACUGCAGCAGUGCCAAAAAUGGUGGGGACUUGGGUUUUUUUGGCAGAGGACAAAUGCAAAAGCCAUUUGAAACAGCAACGUUCAGUCUUAGAGUUGGUGAGAUGAGUGAGCCAGUCUUCACAGAUUCUGGCAUACAUUUGAUCCUCAGGACUGGAUAGAUGCCCAGGUCACCAUGUGAAAACCCUGCAAGGGGCUGACCGGUGACUAAUGCAGUUUAGAAAGCACAAAAAAUGCUUUACUUAAAACUUUUCUCUGCCUACAAAGGUUAAAACCAUUUUCAUCUCUCAUUUUCAUCUCAUUUUUAAUGUGGCAAAUUAAAAAAUAUGUAAUUUUUGUCUGUAGAAGUAUGGAAAAUGCUGUGUGCUUGUUUUGUAGCCACAACUGCUGCCAAAACCUCCAUUCUAAAUUUGUAGAAGGAAAGCUGCCCUCAAAACCAUUGUUCUUGCACUUAUAUAUUAUUCCAAAUCCAGGUAUAGAUAGUGCAAGUAGACCUUCAAUCCCAUCUAAUAAAUUAUGACAAUAUUCACAGUAUUAGGUAUUCUCUCUAUUUGUCCUAAAUAAAAAUCUGAAAAAAACAAAAACAAAACAACAGCAGUGAACUAAUGUACUGUAUGAGAAGGACAUAGAGUGGGAGUGCCGAGUGUUAAUAUUAGAUGGAAAAUAAAGCAGCUCUGACUGUUGCUCAAA